GGGGUAUGUGUGUAGGGGGCAGGAUCGCAGGUAUCAUGGAGGAUCAGUGAAGAUAGUGAGGCGGACGAAGGAAGAGCAACAGCCGCUCUAAAGCGUUAUUUCUCAACAUGGACAUGAAGAAGCGGGUCACAGUGGAGCUCCGGGGCCGGAGCCCGGCCGAGAUUGCAGAGCUGGUGUUGGACAACAGUCCCUCAGCAGAUGGAGAGGUUGAAGGUCUCACAGACGACUUUAAGGAGCUGGAGUUUCUCAGUUUGGUCAACAUGGGUCUGAACUCUCUGACCAAACUGCCUUCACUGCCCAAACUACACAAGUUGGAGCUGAGCGACAACAACCUGUCAGCGUCUCUGGAGAUGCUGUCGGAGAAAUGUCCAAACCUCACCUACCUCAACCUGAGUGGCAACAAGAUCAAAGAACUAAGCAGCGUGGAGGCACUGCAAAGCCUGAAGAGUCUCCAGAGUGUGGACCUGUUUAACUGUGAGGUGACGUCUCUGGAUGACUACAGAGACUCUGUCUUUGAGCUCCUGCCUCAGAUCACUUACCUGGACGGUUUUGACCAGGACGACAACGAGGCGCCCGACUCUGAGGACGAGGACGAAGAGGAGGACGAGGACAGACCGCCCGGAGACUAUGAUGAGGACGAUGAUGAUGAUGAUGAUGAUGAUGAUGCAGCAGAGGGAGGACAAGUGGGACGUAGCUUUCAGGAGGAUGAAGAUGACUAUGGAGAGGAAGAAGAGGAAGACGAUCAGCCAGGCGUUCAAAGACAGAAGAGGAAGAGGGACGUGGACGAUGAAGGCGAGGACGAUGACGAUGACGACGACGAUGAUGAAGACAAUUAGUCCAUGAGUGUCUUUAUGUUUCUGUCUGGACCCGAUGUCCACCUCACAACAAACAUCAGGACGAGGGACACGUCUGUUUUUAGACAAGAUUUUAUCUCAACCAAAUGUUUCCCUUUAAACUCUGGUCCUGUCUCAUUAGUCCACGUCCAGUCUCAUUAGUCCAUGUCCACGUCCAGUCUCAUUAGUCCACGUCCUGUCUCAUUAGUCCAUGUCCACGUCCAGUCUCAUUAGUCCACGUCCAGUCUCAUUAGUCCACGUCCUGUCUCAUUAGUCCAGGUCUUGUCUCAUUAGUCCACGUCCUGUCUCAGUGUGUGUGUGAUGUCGUUAUCCUGGGACUAAAACUGAAUCUUGUCUGCACUUCAUUUGAGAUCUGGACUCAGCCCUCUGAGCUCAAGCCAUAAUCAUCAUAAUUGAACCAGAGCUCCUCCCACUACAGGAACUUCAGGAUCAUGUUUCUCCGCCCCCGUCGUGUUCCUGUGUUAGAUUUAUUGUAGGGAAUCUUUGGGGUGGAUGGAGUUAGUUUUUUUUAUUAUUUAGACUGUCACUGGUACUUCUUUAGGCUCCGCCUCCUGAAAACAUCCUAUGUAACACGUAAACAUGUCCCCGUCUCCACUUCCUGUGAUGACAUGAAGUCACCUGAAGGCACAUGUGCAAUGCAUUGUGGGGGCGGAGUCUGAGCGUGGAAACACCUGUUUUUUCCUCUAUUGUAAACUUUUAGCUUUUUUUUUUGUACACUUUUUGAAACAGGCAUUUUAACUCCGCCCACUCGUCUGUGUUUUAUAAAGUGUUCCUGACGCCAUCUACUGGUGAAAAGAGCAAAUAUUGAUCAGGAGAUAGUUGUCGUGACCUGGGUCUUUGGAUGUAAAGUAGUGUUUUUAAGAGUGUAAUGGUCAAAGGUCGCUCAGGUUGUUAUGGCAAUACUGUAAAUAUGUUUCCUCUGACCUUCGACCCCAGCCAUUGUCAAAAAACCCUGAAUUUUGUGGUGAAAAGUUUUUCAAUAAAAAGAAAAAACUGUUUUUAA